AUGCUGGCGCAGCGGGGCCGCGCCGGGCCGCAGAGUAGCCGCGUCGCUGGCCGGGGCACGGGAGCUGGGGGGUGUGUGCGCGCGAGCCCGGCCGCUCCCGGGGGCAGCUGCCCGGCCCUGUCAACUCGUGACACUCGGCGGGGGCGGCCGGCUGGGGCCGUGCUCCUGGCAAGGGGGCGUCCCCAUGCCUCCGCGCGCCCGCUGACCGUCGGGGCCGGCGCCGGCGCCGCCGCCGCGGGGGGCUCGGCUCGGGGGCGCGGGGGGCGCCUUCGCCCAUGAGCUGCAUGAAAGGGCCGCUGCACCCGGAGCACCGCGCCGCCGGGACCCAGCUGUCGGCCGCCUGUCACCACCCCCCGCCGCUGCCCAUGGCCUCGGUCCUGGCGCCCGGGCCGCCCCGCGCCCUGGACGCCGCGUCCAAGCACCGGCUGGAGGUGCACACCAUCUCCGACACCUCCAGCCCCGAGGCCGCAGAGAAAGAAAAGAGCCAGCAGGGGAAGAAUGAGGACGUGGGCGCCGAAGACCCGUCCAAGAAGAAGCGGCAGCGGCGGCAACGAACUCAUUUCACCAGCCAGCAGCUGCAGGAGCUGGAGGCCACUUUCCAGCGGAACCGCUACCCGGACAUGUCCACGCGCGAAGAAAUCGCCGUGUGGACCAACCUGACGGAAGCCCGAGUCCGGGUCUGGUUCAAGAACCGCCGGGCCAAAUGGAGAAAACGGGAGCGCAACCAGCAGGCAGAGCUGUGCAAGAACGGCUUCGGGCCACAGUUCAACGGGCUCAUGCAGCCCUACGACGACAUGUACCCGGGUUACUCGUACAACAACUGGGCGGCCAAGGGCCUCACGUCGGCGUCCCUGUCCACCAAGAGCUUCCCCUUCUUCAACUCCAUGAACGUCAGCCCCCUGUCGUCCCAGGGCAUGUUCUCGCCGCCCAGCUCCAUCUCGUCCAUGAGCAUGUCGUCCAGCAUGGUGCCCUCGGCGGUGACGGGUGUCCCCGGCUCCAGCCUCAACAGCCUGAACAACUUGAACAACCUGAGCAGCCCCACGCUGAACUCCGCUGUGCCCACACCCGCCUGUCCGUAUGCGCCGCCGACGCCCCCCUACGUUUACAGGGACACGUGUAACUCGAGCCUGGCCAGCCUGAGACUGAAAGCCAAGCAACACUCCAGCUUUGGCUACGCCAGCGUGCAGAACCCGGCGUCCAACCUGAGCGCGUGCCAGUACGCCGUGGACCGGCCCGUGUGAGCCGCGGCUCCGCGCCCGCCGCCGCGCGCCCGGGGAACGGACGCAACGCACGCACAGCACG